UUCUCGCUUCUCCUUUAAUUCACGUUCGCUCCGCGACCGCGCCGAACGCCGUGGAUGUGACUCCGGAGUGGCGAGGGUGCGACAGGCAGGAGCGUGCCCGAGGAAAUUCGCGCGAUCUCGUUCGCGCGACGGCUAAUCCGCUUUCUCCGUCCACCCUCCUCGGUGAGCAGGCUCGCGCGGACCCGCGCAGUCGAGUGAUGCGUCGUCUUGCCGCAUCCCGACGGUCGUCCGUAGUCCAGCACCGAGGAGAAGCGCGCGAGACGUCAGUCAGGUUAUAUCCUGUGCUCGCAUGAAAAGUUGCGGGAGGACCCGUAUGUGAGCGAGGAGAAUGGAGGCGGCGAAGGCAGAGGAACGUAGUCGGUGGAAUGGCAGCCGUGUGGAUGUUGACGGAGAAGGGAAGAGCGACGUCGAUCAACGUCAAGGUGAACGGCCAGACGACUCCAAGACGGAGAGCCGACCUGCGAAGAAUACGGAAGGCAACGAUGACACCGAUAACGAAGUCGUCGAGUCCCAAGCGGGACAGCUCGCGGAGACGAGCACGGUGAAGAUCGACAUCGAGGGCAUGACAUGCCAGAGUUGCGUGAGAAAUAUCGAGGGGAUGAUCAGCGCUCGACCCGACGUCGUCAACAUCAGGGUGGUCUUGGCGGAGAAGGCUGGCUACAUCGAGUACAAAACGCGCGAGACCACGCCGCAGGAUCUGGCAGAGGCUAUCGAAGACAUGGGAUUCACCGCUAGUCUACCGGCGUCCGACAACGCUAGGAACGAAGCCAAAGACAUCUCCGCACUGCCUGCCAUCGGUAUCUGCAGCAUACACGUGGAUGGGAUGACCUGCUCGUCGUGUGUGAAGAAUAUCACCGGUGUUCUGUCCGAAAAACCCGGCAUAAAGGUCGUGGAUGUCAGCCUGGAAGGUAAAGAGGCCAAAGUUUCUUACAGCAGCGGUGACGUAACGGCCGAUCAGAUAGCAACAUAUAUAGAAGACAUGGGUUUCACCGCGUACGUGAAGGAAGUCAACAGCAAAAUUUUUCGAGCGCCACCGAUCUUGGUUGUUAACAACAACCAGAAGAAGGUGGAACUGUCGGUGCAAAUGAACGGUGCCGGUGAUGUGAAGGGACAAUUAUCAAAGUGUUUCCUGCAUAUUACCGGUAUGACUUGCGCGUCCUGCGUCGCCGCGAUAGAGAAACACUGCAAGAAGUUAUACGGGGUAAACAACAUACUGGUGGCGCUGAUGGCUGCCAAGGCGGAAGUCACGUACGAUCCCGACAAAAUACGAGCGGUGGACAUUGCUUCCAGUAUAUCGGAAUUAGGUUUCCCCACUACUCUGAUAGAGGAGUCCGGGACCGGGGAAGGAGAAGUCGAAUUGAAGAUCCUGGGGAUGACGUGUGCGUCUUGCGUCAAUAAGAUAGAAUCGACCGUGAGGAAAUUGCCCGGUGUACGAAUGGCGGUGGUGGCUUUGGCGACGCAGCGGGGGAAGUUCAAGUACGACACGGAGAAGACCGGUGUGAGGGACAUAGUCGAAAGUAUUAAUAAAUUAGGUUUCACGGCCAGUCUGUUCAGCAAUCGGGACAAAGAGAAUAGGGAUUACCUGGAUCAAAAGGAAGAGAUAAGCAAAUGGCGAACGGCGUUCUUGGUGUCUCUAAUCUUCGGAGUCCCCUGCAUGAUAGCGAUGAUAUAUUUCAUGGUGGUCAUGUCCGUCGAGCACAAGACGCACCAAGAGAUGUGUUGCAUAGUACCUGGUCUCUCUUGGGAGAAUCUAUUGCUGUUCAUAUUUUCCACGCCGGUGCAGUUCUUCGGCGGCUGGCACUUCUACGUGCAAGCCUACAAGGCUCUCAAGCACGGUACGACUAACAUGGACGUUCUGAUCUCAAUGACCACCACGAUUUCGUACCUUUACUCCAUCGCCGUCCUCGUCGCCGCUUUGGUAAUGCAACAAAACGUCAGUCCGCUAACGUUCUUCGACACCCCGCCGAUGCUCUUGGUGUUCAUCAGUUUGGGAAGAUGGCUCGAACACGUGGCGAAGGGCAAAACGUCCGAGGCUCUCUCGAAGCUGCUGUCUUUGAAGGCCACGGACGCGGUGCUGGUCUCGCUCGGGCCCAACAACGAAAUUCUCACCGAGCGUUUGAUCGGCGUUGACCUGGUGCAGCGCGGCGAUGUGCUGAAGGUAGUUCAGGGCGCGAAGGUGCCGGUCGACGGGCGCGUUCUGUCCGGUCAGUCGACCUGCGACGAGAGCCUGAUCACGGGCGAGAGCAUGCCGGUACUGAAGAAAAAGGACUCGAUGGUGAUCGGCGGUUCGAUCAACCAGAACGGCCCGUUGCUGAUCACCGCGACGCACACGGGCGAGCACACGACCCUGGCGCAGAUCGUGCGGCUGGUGGAGGAGGCUCAGACGAACAAGGCGCCCAUCCAGCACCUGGCCGACAAGAUCGCCGGCUACUUCAUACCCAUGGUCAUCGUGGUGUCCGUGGUGACGCUGAUAAUCUGGAUCGUCGUCGGCUACGUGAACAUCGAGAAGCUGCCGAUAUCGCACGACGAUCAGAUCGAUAAACACGGCAUAAACCGCGAAGAGAUCAUCUUCCAGUACGCCUUCCGCAGCGCGUUGGCGGUGCUCGCGAUCGCCUGCCCCUGUGCGCUCGGCCUGGCGACGCCGACCGCGGUUAUGGUCGGUACCGGGGUGGGCGCGACCAACGGCAUCUUGAUCAAAGGCGCGGAGCCGUUGGAGAACGCGCACAAGGUGAAAUGUAUCGUCUUUGACAAGACGGGCACGCUGACGAACGGUGUGCCCGUCGUCACCAGGGUCGCGUUGUUCGUCAGCGAGAGGGUCCACCCCCUGGUGAGACUGCUGCUCAUCAUCGGCACGGCGGAGGUCAAUAGCGAGCAUCCCAUCGCGUCGGCGAUCGUGCGUUACGUGAAGGACACGAUCGGGUCGGAAACUACCGGGCAGUGCACGAAUUUCCAGGCGGUCGCCGGCUGCGGUCUCAAGUGCAGGGUGUCCCAUCUGAACGCCGCGCUGAACGUCGCGCUGUCCGACGCGCUGAAAUCCGAUAAGCUGAUCAACUAUGCGAAUCAGACGAACACGGAGCUGACUGGCACGUACAAUCUCAACAACGUGCCCAUCGACAACGUGCCGAUCGCUGCCUCGUCGCAGGAGAUACAGAACUUAGAUCUGCAAUUACUGUUAAGUCCGGAUUCCCAAGGCGACCGUAACAUCGACGACGUCUACGAGGUCUGCAUCGGCAACAGAGAGUGGAUGCGUAGAAACGCGAUCACCAUCCCGCAGGAGGUCGAGGCGAGGAUGGCCAGCGAAGAGGAUCUGGGCCACACCGCCGUUUUAGCCGCGGUGAACAAUGUCCUGGUGGCGAUGAUCAGCGUCGCUGACACCGUGAAGCCGGAGGCACACCUCGCGGUCUACACCUUGAAGAAGAUGGGCUUGGAAGUGAUCCUGCUGACAGGCGACAACAAGAAGACCGCGGCUUCGAUUGCCAGGCAGGUCGGCAUCAGCCGAGUGUUCGCGGAGGUAUUACCGUCGCACAAGGUGGCGAAGAUUCAGAGACUGCAGGAUCAAGGUCUGAGGGUCGCUAUGGUGGGAGACGGUGUCAACGACAGUCCCGCUCUCGCACAGUCGGACGUCGGGAUCGCCAUCUCGUCCGGCACCGACGUCGCCGUGGAGGCCGCCGACGUGGUCCUGAUGCGUAACGAUCUACUGGACGUGAUCGCGUGUCUAGACUUGUCGCGGAAAACGGUCCGCAGGAUACGGUUGAAUUUCUUAUUCGCUAGUAUCUACAAUCUCCUGGGUAUUCCCAUAGCCGCCGGAAUAUUCAGCUCCUUCGGCUUCUUUCUGGAACCGUGGAUGUCCUCAGCCGCCAUGGCUUUAAGUUCAGUGUCGGUGGUAGGAAGUUCUUUGUUGUUGAAAUUCUAUCGUAAGCCGACUAAAGUCACCCUGGAGACCUCGGAAUAUCUAACAGCUAUGCACGCCCAUUCCACGGCGCGGAUGAUCGACAUGGACGCGAUAUCUCUCCAUCGUGGACUGGAUGACUCGGUCGUGCCGGUCAUGCACAGGUCGACCUCCACGUUAUCCAGAAUAUUCGGGAAGUCAAAGCUCGAUGUAGAGGGGCAUCUUCUCGGCGAGGAGGUAGAUGAGAUCGAUUUGGCUGUCGAUUUUUCGAGAUAUCGCAAAAACGCGAAGGACCCGAUGGACAUUACUCCCGUGUAAUUGACUCGCUGCGAGAGAAAAUACACUUCCGACGAGCAUUUUUUUUCUCUCUCUCUUCUGUUAACUCGACGCUUCGUUAAACCAUUAAAAAGAACAUUAUUUUUAGUAUUGCGUUUCUCUCAUCACGGGGCGCGUUAACAGAAAAAACCAUGUAAAUAGUCUCAUCGCUGUCUGAAAUAAUAUUCUUUUACGAAAUACUUGUGUAUAGGUGUGCGUGUAUGUAUAUAUAUAUAGUCUUAUCGAACGAUACGCGUGUUUUCUCGCAUAUACUCUGCCAAAUUAAUGAAAAAAAAGUACGUUUUAUCGAAAGUAGUGCCAGCAAAUUCGCACGAGAGCACGUCGCUUCGCGCGUCUCCCCGAGCGAUUAUCUCGCGUCCGUAAUCGGCCCGUGUAAUUUCAAACGCGAAUUGCGUGUAUCGGUAAUUUAGCUGUAAACUUAUCGAUGUAACAGGGUAACAGUACUUUUUCUCUCCUUUUUUUUUACCGCCGUCGAUAGUUUCAUUGACAAAUACAGGUCUCCUCUAUGCACGUUACAUGCAGAUGUACUUAAUUUGAGCACCGGACGAGAGAAGGAUGUACAUUUUUAUCAUGUUUGAAAUAUAAUAUAAAUAAAUUCCUAAGUUAUGCGCUUCCCGUGUA